AUGCAUUUACAUAUCAUCACCCUCACCUCCCUCGCCUUACUGGCCAAUGCUAGUCCCAUCCCAGGAACCCAGCGUCACUCAACUACCCUUCAUCCCUACCAUCCGCCAUCCAGCCAUCACCACCCCAUACGCGACCUAUUAAUAACCCCCGGCCAACUCAUCGCCAUCGCACCCACCUCAACCACAUGCGACAACCCGCCUGCGCCAGGCGAAUGCGCCACGGCCUUCCACGCCGCGCCGCGCAUCAACGAGGCAUUCUUCACCUACGCCGUCUUCUCACCGGCUGAACAGGCCGCUCUAAUCAGCCUGAUGGCGUUUGAGACUCUCGAUUUCAAGUAUAACCGUAACCAUUUCCCCGGCGUCCCCGGACAAGGCACACGCAACAUGCAAUCACCAGCAUUCAACAAACAAUACGCCUUAUCAAUCCCUGAAAUCAGGGGUAAAGUCUCCGACGACGUCGCCGCCAAUCUCGAUCUGUUGCUGUCCAACGAGAGGUGGGAUUUUGGGUCUGCCGCGUGGUUUCUGGUGUCGCAGUGCACCGAGGACCAGCGCAGGGACUUGCAGUCCGGCUCGGAGCAGGGCUGGGAGGCGUAUAUUUCGGGUUGUGUAGGCACGACUGUGACAGAUGCGAGGAGGGAGUAUUGGACGAGGGCGAUUGAGGUGUUGGAUGUUAACUCCUAA